CAUUUGUCAGUAAACGUCAAAAGGAGGCGUGCUAUUUGGCAUGUUAUUUCUAACCUUAUAAUAUUUUUUGUUUACAAUUGUGUACACAUGAAAUAAUUUUGCCAUUAGAUUCUUUUAUUAAUUGAAACAAUGGGGAAACGCAAAGGUAAAUGUGUGAAAAGAAACACUGCAACUAAGGAGGCUCUAGAACCUGAUCAUUUAGUAAAGGCGCCUCACUCAUUCGUUAUACAUAGAGGAAAAUGUUCAAAACACCUUAUGGAAUUGACUAAGGAUUUUAGAAAAAUAAUGGAACCAUUUACCGCGUCACAGUUAAAGGAAAGAAAGAAGAAUACAAUCAAAGAUUUUCUGUCGGUGUCGGGCUACCUGCAUGUGUCUCACAUGAUGACGUUCACGGAGACAGAGCUGGGGUCGUACAUGCGGCUUGCACGGCUACCUCGAGGUCCUACGCUUACAUUCAGAUUACAUAACUACAGUUUGGCCCGAGAUGUUGUCUCAUCUCUACGGAAGCAGUAUGUAAUGUCAAGAGCAUUCAAAAGCGCCCCUCUUAUAGUCCUCAAUAGUUUCUCCGGAGAAGGAAAUCAUAUGAAACUGAUGGCCACCAUGUUUCAGAAUAUGUUUCCAACAAUUAAUAUAACCACAGUAAAACUUAAAAAUAUCAGACGCUGUGUUCUCAUGAACUACAAUCCGACGACAAAACUAAUUGACAUGAGGCAUUACGUCAUACGCGCGAUACCAGUCGGACUUAAUAAGGGUACCAAAAAGAUGGUGCAAGGAAAAAUACCCAAUUUAAACAGAUGCAAGGAUAUGUCUGAAUUCUUUGACAAAGCAGCGUUAAUGUCAGAAAGUGAGUUCGAGGAUGACGCGAACGCGCAAGUGAUGCUGCCGCAGAGCCUGGCGUCGCGCGGAGCCGCCGCUGACUCUAAGUCCGCUAUACGACUGGUGGAGUUAGGACCUAGGAUCACUAUGCAGCUUAUCAAGGUGGAAGAUGGUUUAAUGGACGGAGAAGUUCUGUACCACGAGCUCAUAGAGAAGACGGAAGAAGAGAAAGCUUUAAUCAAGAAGAAGAGAGAAGAAAAGAGACGUCUCAAAGAGAAACGCAAAGCUCAGCAAGACGAAAACGUGAAACGUAAACAGCACGAGAAAGAAGAAUUAAAACAGAAAGCGUUAGAAGGUAUUAAAAAGAAGAAAGAACUUACUGAGAACCAGAGGUUGAUGGAGCUGGCGGCGGCGGAGGGCGCGGCGGGUGCAGAGGGCGAGGAGGGCGAGGGCGGGGAGGCGGAGGACGACGCCGACUACUACAGGGAGGAGGUCGGCGCUGAGCCCGAACAAGAUCUGUUCAGUCAAAAUCAAUCAAGGAAACGAAAAACCGACGAACCGGCGAGAGGUUUUAAGAAAAUGAGAUUAGACAAGAAAUUAAAGAAGAAAUACCAUAAGAACGAUGACAAUCAGAAAUCACACGGUAAAAGAAGAUUCGAGAAGAAUGAAGACGGUAAAGGGAAUUUCAAGAGGAAUAGAGAUGGGAAAAGAUUCAAUAAGAACGAAGAUUCAGGCAAACCUAGACAUGGUAAGGUAUUUGGUGGAAAAAUUAACAAAUUUAAUAAAGGGAAAGGCAGGGAAAAGAAAACAAAAGGCAAAGGAAAAAAUAGGAAAUAAUU